AUGCAGCUGCGCUGGAGCGGCCACGUGGUGCGCAUGGACGACGAGCGACUACCCAAACGACUCUUCUACGGAGACGUCGCGACGGGUUCUCGUCGUCAAGGAGGCCAAAUUCGCCGUUACAAGGAUACUCUGAAGUCCUCCCUGAAGCGCCUGCAAAUCAACCCGACCAACUGGGAAGAGCUCGCUCGCGAUCGUCCGACAUGGAGGAGAACAGUGAAGACGGGCGCUGCUAUCUAUGAAGCCAACCGAAUCGCCGCCGCCAAAGCGAAACGCGAAGCCCGCAAAUCACAUGUUCGCCCAGUCCGCAACGCCGCCGCACAACCUCUCCCUACGUGUCCUCGAUGCCACCGGACAUUCCGGGCACGAAUCGGACUUGUUGGACAUCUUCGGAUCAACUGCAGCUCUCGAACUGCUCCAGCCAUCGUCCCCCCGCCCGCCUCUUCCUCCUCUCUUCCGCCAACUAACUCUGACAUUCCUUCUUCAUCACCACUUCCAUCCUCCUCCUUCUCCUCCACUGCCCCAGCGGCGGCCGUUCAGACUGCUGUCUCACACAUCACCAACACCAACACACCAACCAACAUCACCUCUCCCACCUCUCCCGAUACCACUAAUGAGGAUCAGGACCACACCUGCCCUCACUGUGACCGCACCUUCACCUCACACAUCGGCCUGGUCGGUCACUUGCGAAUCCAUCGCACAGAGACUGGCGAACCAGUGCCUGGAGCACCAACCUACACCCACCGCACUCGCCUCCACUGCCCACACUGCCCUCGCACCUUCACGCAUCGCAUGGGUCUAUUCGGCCACAUGCGCAUCCACGAGAGCGGAAUUGACCGCAGCCUUGACACAUCCACCCCGCCGAGCCCCACUCCCAAUCCACCACCUUGUGCACCCACUAACCACUCCCCAGCCGACCUCGAUGCCACCGACAUUACCACCCCUUACUCCUCCCUUCCCUCCUCCAUUUCCUCCAUCACUGCCACAACGACGGCCGCUUCGGCGUCUGUCGCCCACGACUUCACCACAGCCGAACCUGACACAACAACAGGCACAACCCCUGCAACCUCCAUCAUCAGACGUGUGGGCCAGGACUACAUCUGCCCUCACUGCGAUCGCACCUUCACUUCACGCAUCGGCCUGGUCGGUCACUUGCGAAUCCAUCGCACAGAGACUGGCGAGCCAGUGCCUGGAGCACCAACCUACACCCACCGCACUCGCCUCCACUGCCCACACUGCCCUCGCACCUUCAGGCAUCGCAUGGGUCUAUUCGGCCACAUGCGCAUCCACGAGAGCAGAAUUGACCACAAUUCCGAUACAGCCACGACAUCCAACAUAUCCACCAUGCCCAGACGCACCCUCGCUCCACCGUCACACGCGCCGACCAGCACCACCAACACCACCGCUUCCUCUACAGCCGGCACCGACACCGUCGACCUCUCAUGCCCACAUUGUCCACGCACCUUCACUUCACGCAUCGGCCUGGUGGGUCACUUGCGAAUCCAUCGCACAGAGACUGGCGAACCAGUGCCUGGAGCACCAACCUACACUCACCGCACUCGCCUCCACUGCCCACACUGCCCUCGCACCUUCACGCAUCGCAUGGGUCUAUUCGGCCACAUGCGCAUCCACGACGACCUGCGGUAG